AUGCCGGGACCGAUGGCUGAGAAACCCCGUGCACAGCGGCUGAACAACAUCGAGCCACAAACCGCAAAAAGUUUGGGAUGCAAUCGAUCAGAAGACUUUGAUACACCAGUUAGCUCAGGCAGCAACAUGGGAAGUGUGGCGAGGUUUCCAAAACUUGAUGAGUGUGCUCAUUUUCAUUACGAGCAUGUAGAACUUACUGAUCUUGAGGUUUCAGUUACUGAAGUGCCAAACGACCCAAGUUUUGCAGUACGCGUUACUUCAGGUGACGCUUGUUGGACACUUCAACGUUCGUACGAAAAUUUUAUUAUGUUUGAUAGGCAACUACAUCGUUGUAUUUAUGACCGCAAGUUCUCAUCGCUUGCUAAACUACCAGAAGUUGAACCAGACAAUACUCAAGAUUUGUUGGCAGCUUAUCUUAAGCACUUUUCAAAUUUGAAUCACGAUGGAUUAAAUUGUGGACCCGUACUCAACUGGCUACAGUUGGAUAAUCGUGGUAGAAGAAUUCUAGUUCCUGAAUCUGACUCGUGUCCAAUUAAUACACCGGCUGUAGCAGCUGCUUAUGCGGUUAGGCCGUAUACUGCUCAAGCACAGGAUGAAAUAUCUUUUCAGGUUGGAGAUAUGAUAUCAGUUAUUGACAUGCCACCACCAGGAGAGAGUAAUUGGUGGCGUGGUAAAAAAGGUUUUGCCGUUGGUUUUUUUCCUGCUGACUGCGUCGCGGUGAUUGGUGACAAAGUACCUCGUCACUUGACCGUGUCUAAUAUUGUACGUUCAAAGUUACCCGUUAAACCCGUUCUCAGAAAACAUGGAAAGCUUAUUGCUUUUUUUAGGUCUUUUAUUCUUAAUAGACCUUCUAGGAGACGAUUAAAACAAUCUGGAAUUCUUAAAGAACGAGUUUUUGGAUGUGAUUUGGGAGAACAUCUUCUUAACUCUGGUCAAGAUGCAUCACUCUUGAAAAUGUACUUUAGAGAGUUACCUAAUCCAUUAUGUACCUAUCAGCUUUACUCUACUUUUGUCACUGCCGUUCAAGCUAAUACAGAUGCAGAAAGAUUAAGAAGAAUGAGAGAUGCCGUUAGAAAACUACCUCCUCCACACUACAGAACAUUGGAGUAUUUAAUGCGACAUUUAGUAAGAGUCGCAGCACGUGGGGCUGAUACAGGUAUGACACCACGAAAUGUUGCAAUCGUUUGGGCUCCUAAUCUAUUGCGAUGCAAGGAACUUGAAGUUGGUGGUGUAGCAGCAUUACAAGGUGUCGGUGUUCAAGCUGUAGUUACAGAAUUUCUUGUUUGUUAUGCGGAAUUAAUAUUCGGUGAUGGCCCAGUUGGUCGACCUAAAUCAUUGGCAAUUACCACUCCUGCUCGAUUAUUGAGUCUUGAAGAAGCGAGAAACCGUUCUUUGCGAAAUGAUUCGGAGUACAUUGAAGUAGGCGCCGGACCAGCUGGCUUACCUGCACACUAUCACACAGUGAUUGAGCUACCAAGGAAACGGAAUGGUUCAAAACGUUCACCUUCAUUGAACUGGCGUGCAAUUUUUGGACGUGGUGGAUUUGGGGCGCGUGGUAAAACAAGACAAGUAGGAACUCCACCACAAAUAGAAGCUUUAUCAAGUUCUCUUAAUGCUAUGCGACGAUUAAGACCGGUUAAAAGUGCUGACAGUCUUGAUGGAGAAGAUAAUCUCGGUCCUUUAAUGGGCCCACCACCCAACAGACCAUGUGGUCACAGUCGAUCAGUUUCACAUGAUUCAUAUUUUGAUCAUCUUGCAGACGCACCAAGUUCUGUAUCUCCACUUGAUCUUUCUGAGAUACAACUUAAUUUUGAUCUUGAAGAGCGAGAAAUGCGAAUGUUUUCAGAGGAAGAAAGUGGUGGUGUAGCGUCAGUAGAAGCAUCGCCACGGCGUCAAAGAAACGAAGGCUCGUUAUGUAUUGCUGUAAGUGGUGGUAGUAAAAGAAAAAGAUCACGUCUUGAAGAACGUCUUCACUGUGACGUAGAAUUAAGAUUUAUUGACAGUCAAAGUCCAGAUCAAAUAAUGGUGUCUGCAGAUAUCCAUGGAAUUGAGACACCAUCACCACUGACAACACCAGGUUACCUGCCAUUAUUAUCAGAAGCUUCUACACCAAUAAGUCCAUCUACUUUACAGGCAACACCAAUCUCUUUGACACCUAAGACAGGAAAUAGCCCUCGGAUAAGUUUCCGUAGUUUUACUUUACCCCUCGACCUAGAUGAUCAAUCCUGUCAUACUCAAAUAUCAAAAGAAGAUCUGUCUUCCGAAAAACUGUCUUUAGAUCCUCCUAGUCAACGUUUAUCAAUUAAUUUAGACGAUCAUAAUAGUGUAAAGUCUUAUGAGAGAAUAAAGACUUGUGAAAGUAAUGAAUCAUCACCAAAAAUAAAUGAUAUUAAAAAAUCAUCCGAUAAUUUAAUAGUGACACUAUCGGAUCAAGAAAUGACAUCAUGUGACGUACUCAAUCUUCCGUGUGCCACUGAAAAAAAUUUAUUUUCUGAUGAUUCUGCUAUGAGCUUCCAAGAAGAAAAAUUUAAUUGUAGUAGUCAGAACUGCUGUGAUCUAAUGAAUCAAAGUCCUCCGGGUAAUAUGAUAAAUUCGGAAAAUGUUGAUAUUGACAGUUGCUUAAUAAUUGAUCAGAAUGAACCCGUAGACAUGCCGUCUUCCAGCAUUACUGAUCUUGAUUCACCAAUGUCCUGUGAGCAAACUAUUGAAGACUUACCAGAUUCAGGAUUUGUUAUUUGCGAUAAUUCUGAUAAAGUUUUUACAAAUGUAACGAAUAAUAAAAGCUGUUCUGAGGAAUGGGUUAUGGUUGAAAAAACAAAUGAAUCUGUCAAUCGGUUAACAAGUGUAGAAAGUAGUUCUAAAGAUCAACUUGAAGGGACUGUUGAUUCUGGUAUCGAAAAAAAUUCACCACGACAAAGUUGUGUUUCUGACAAUAUUUCAAGAACUUCUCUCGAUCUCACAAUGGGUUUAACUGGAGAUGAAGAUACCGGCACAUCUUGUAUUGCAACGACUGAUCCGAUAGAUAGCUCUAUCUUGCAACAAGAAUCUACUGAAAUAUCUUUAGACAUGAGUGAAAAUAAAAGUAAUAAUGGUAGCGAUCUUCGUAAUGGAAAUAAUCGCUGUUGUUCAGAAAGUGCAAUUAAUUUAGUCUCACAUCAUGAUUCUGAAAAAAUGGAACAUGGACAUGAGUGUUGUAGUUACAAUUUACGUUUAGAUAAUGAAAAUGUUUAUCGAUGUAAUUUAAAUGAAUCGAGUCAAGUAAUGCUUGGAAAAUCGAGUAUAGAAAAUAAUCAUUUAAAUUACGAAUCAAUAAAUUCCAAUAAAGACGUCCAGUGUAUCCGCACCAGUAAUUAUUUGUCGAAUAUUGAAAGAAGCAAUAUUACUGAGGAUAAGAGUCGUUUUAAUCGAUGUCAGGAUAUUCGACAUAGUUUCAGUCACAGUUCUAGAAAAUCACAACCUACUAGCCAUCAUAUGUAUUUAUCACAGGUUGUACAAAAGACAUUGAAGAGAAAUUCAAAUACUCAAAUACGUGAUAAUGAAGAGGUGGUUAUUCAGUCUGAGAAUGCAGCUGAAGCUCAUGAAAUAGCUCAUGAUCCAGAAGGUGCAUCAGAAACUACAUCACUGGAUUCUUCAUACACUUUUUCAAAUGCAUCUUCGCCCAUUGAUGAUUCUGUUGUUUUACGAGAUACAGCCGCAAUUUUACAAGAACUUGCAUUACAAAGAUUAUCUGGAGGAGUUGGAAGUGAAACGCCAUUACAUUCACCAAAAAAUUUAGAGUCUGAUGGUACCCGAGAACGACGUAGUUUUGAAUUAGGAAUAAAGCGUGAAAAUGUUACUGAUAAAAAGACCAAGGUAGAAGACGAUUGUUUGCGGGGUAAAACUGAAGAACAAUCGAAUAAUGGAACGCAACAUUUACCGCCAUGCUUACGUGCUCGUCAGGCCAGAGCAACUAGAGCUGCUUUAAGUCGAUCAUUGGAUGAGGAUAAAUUUAAUCGUAUGACUAGUGAGUCCGUACGAAUGCCUCAAAAGCAAUUGUCUGAUGAUUCUCAGCAUAAUUCUACACCAAAUGUUGGUGGACACCUAUUGUCUUCUUCUCAAAGUACAGAGAAACUUCAGUCAAGAAAUUUGGGAAUCGAUCUGGGCGACCCUCGUUGUCGGGAAAGAAUUGAAAAAUAUAAAGAAGAAAGACGAAUGUUUCUUAGAGAUAAAUAUAGAAGUGAAAGUUUUAGAGGUUCGACAUCAAGAAAUGAGGAUGAUGGUGAAUUACUAGCGCGAUUAAAACAACGUGCUACGAGACCUCUUCAUUGA